AUGUUUCGGAGUGUUUGCUCGUCUCGGUUCGGGCAGCGGGCUCGCCUCCUUCGGAGUCUCGAGAAUCGCUCUUCGCCAGUCGAGCUCCAUCCACUCUUCCCUCGCCUUAGAACCUCCCUUUCCAACAAUACAAAGCCCACCUGUUCUCGCCAUUUCCACCACCACAGCUGUUGCAAUCUCAAUAUCUCUUCGACUCUUCUUCUAGCUCCUUCGAUCAGCUUCAGGUUUUACCUUCGCCUCUCGUUUGUCCUCUGCGAUUACCCUACCGCUAUGGCAUCUCGAAUCCCCCGCGCAGCUAACAUCUUGAAGAUGUGGCGGCAUGCGAUUGCAGUGCGCGUGGGACGCUUUAACGAGGUAGAGCAGUGCGCUGUGCGCUCCCCCCGUGCGUCGCUCGGCUUCUCCCCUCUGCGACCCAAGCCCGUGGCUAAGCCGCCCAGCAAGAAGCCCAGGCCCAGGGAUGUGAUGGGUACCGCUGCUGCUGUGAAGCCCAGAGCGGUGCACAGCGGUCAAGCGACCGUCGCAGCUGCUGCAGCGAAAUCCACGCGAGCUAGUAAGGCGACACCUGCUGAGGCGACGCCUGCUGAGGCGACGCCAGCUGAGGCGACGCUUAAGGCGACGCCAGUUAAGGUGACUCCAGUGAAGGCGACGCCAACUAAGGCGACGCCAGCUAAUGCGACGCCAGCUAAGACGACGCAAGCCAAGGCGACGCCAGCCAAGCUGUCGCAAGCCAAGCUGUCACCAGCUAAGGCGACGCCAGCUAAGGUGACAUCAGCUAAGGUGACGCCAGCAGAACCAGCUAAGACGGCACCAGCCAAGGCGACACGUGCAAGCCCUACUGCCGUAGUAGGUGUGAAGGCUGCAGGUGCAAGCAGCCCAGCAGCAGCAGCCGCAGCAGCAGCCGCAGCAGCAGCUCCUUUCACCGUGAAGGCGGGCCUUGUUGGCGGGUCUGGAAUCCCCAGACCUGCAAGCAGUGCGUCAACAAGGAGGACCGCAGCUGGAGCUACGGCAAGUGGCGUUCCGAAGCCAGGGAAGGGAGAAGCAGUUUGA